AUGUGCAAAACAAAAGUUAAAAAAAAUAUUUCAUAUCUGGAUAGAAUUGCUCCUUUAAUUAAAGAUGUGAAAGUAGAUAAUGAACUUAUUAAUUCGAUGAUGGUGAAACAAAGUGAUGAAAUAGUAAACAUAAAAUUGCCAUUUGAUAACGAAGUAUGUAGUGAUUACUGGACAAUAAAUCACUAUAAAAUAAAAAAUAUUCAAAAUCUUAUUGCUACAGACAGAUGGAAAGAAGCUGAGUGCAGUGUAAAAGUAUCGAUAACUGAUUUAGCAAAGGAUCAAGGGCUCGCAAACGAUUUAUCAAACAUCAUACAAACAAUAUUUACACGGUUCAUGUCUGAUCCAAACAAGAAAAUAGGAUGUAUUAAAAAAUCAAAAUCAUAA